UCCGCCUAACGCUUCCUUUUCUUCCAUUCCUAUCCUUUCCAAAAACCCUCUCCUCUCUCCCACCCACUUCGUUUAUGCCCCCCGCCUCUCCUCCUUCUCUCCCUCUCCUCUAUCAUGCACUUCUUCGCCUAACUAUUCCCCUUUCUUUCCUCCAACCUUCUCUCAUAUUUCAGUGCUCUCAAUCCUGCCUUAUUCCUUAAUUUCUCUCUCUAUUUCCUCUCUUAACAAAUAUCCUGAUGUCUGCCUUUUUACCCCUUUCACUCACUUCAAGUAUCUUUCCUAUAACCUUUCCAUCCUCUCCAUCUCUCUCCACCCCCAUAUCUCCACCCCAUAUCCCGCCACUGUCUAGCUUGUCGAACGCUGUCCAUACCAGCAUGUCAAAUAACCAUAUUCUUCUCUUCCAAUCUUUCCCGAAACUUUUCUUUUCUACCCCCCAUACAUUCCCCAUUACCGCUGCCGCUUUCUUUACCUUCUCUUCUAUCUGCCUUUCCUGCCCCCCUUCCCCCCCCCAUUCUUUUGCAGUCUGUAUUCCAAAUACUCUAUUUCCUUUAUUUCCAUUAUCCUUUUCGCUCCUCCAUUUUCUUUAUUUCCUUAUCUUUUUCCCUCUCCAUCUCCAAUCCUUCUUCUUCUCCCUCCCUUUUCCUAUUCUAAAAUUUCAUUAUUUUUGUUUUUCUCACAUUCAUUUCCAGCCCCUUCUCUCCCAUGUACUUUUCCAACCUCUCUACCAUAUUUCUCAUUCCUUGCUCCUCCUUUGCCAAUAAUACUAUAUCGUCCGCGUAUGUUAAUGUUCUCAAUUUCUCUCCUCCUAUCUUCUCUUCUCCCCAAUUCACUUUUUUCAUUUCCUUCUCCAAAUCCGUCAUUAAUAAAAUGAAAAGCAAUAAACUCAGCGGACGUCCCUGCCUCACUCCUCUCGCCGUUCAAAAUGCUUCCCCCGUUACAUUUUCUAUCUUUACCUUACUCUUCGUCUCCUUAUAUAUCUCCUCUACCUUAGCUAGCAAUCCUUCCCUUACCUUCCUUGCCCUCAUUUCCCUCAUUAAUACCCUUCUGUUCAUCGAAUCGAAAGCCGUUUUCAAAUCUAAGAACAUCGCCAUCAUCUUCUCCCCUUUUUUCUCCUAUUGCCUAUUUGCUAAAUAGUUCACAACAUAUGUUAUCUGUCGUACCAUCCCUCUCUUAAAAUAUCUUUGAUUAUGCGGCACCAAGUCCUUUUCCUCUAUUUCUUUCCCCUUAUAGUCCUAUACCACCAUCUUCCUUUCCCCCUUUUUUUACUGCCGUUACAAUUAUGUUUUCUUUCCAUUUCUCCAGCAACCCUUCCUCUCUCCAUAUUAUUAUCUUAUUAUAUUUUAUAGUCAAUGUUGGUGCGAAGCUGGCGCCCAACUUUGGAAAAAGUAGAAAUAUUUAACAUAUAGGGGGACCGGAAAGUAAUGUCGUUUCUGCGCAUGUCGAUAUUCGUUUGUCAUUUAUCAGCUCAUUGUGUAUUUCAAAGUCGUGCCAAAGACAUUUUAAGGUUAGAAUGACUUGUUGUAAAUAAUUAAAUCUUAAGUUUUUUUGCAAUUUAUGGUGAAAUGGCCAGCCAAAUACCAGAAGAGGUACAUAUCCGGCAUUGUAUGCUUUUUGAGUUUCGCAAGGGUAGUAACGCAACAGUUGCUACCAAAAACAUUUGCGAUGUUUAUCCAAGUACAUUAGACGUUUGUAAAUUCCAAAGGUGGUUUUCUAAGUUCAAAUCCGGUAAUUUUGAUCUUUUCCACUCGUACCGAUCAGGAAGAGCAACAACUUUAGACAAUGACAUGUUAAGGGCGGAAAUGAAAGCAAAUCCGUUUGAGACAAUCGAGGAACUGUCAAACACUCUUAACCAACCUUGGUCGACCAUCCAAGAACAUUUGCAACAGAUUGGUAAAGUAAGCAGAGCAAGUGUUUGGGUCCCGCAUAAUCUGUCCGAAAAAAACAAAACUAACCGAUCCAUCAUAUGCAACUUAUGGCUUCAACGGUGCAAUACAGAAGCGUUUUUUGAUCGCUUGAUUAAUGUAGACGAAAAAUGGGUCCUGUAUGAUAAUCCAAAACGCAAAAGGCAGUGGCUCUCUCCGAAUAAAUCGCCACGAAGUACUGCUAAGCCAAGUUUACAUCCCAAAAAGUCGCUUUUAUGUGCUUGAUGGAGUAUUCGCGGAAUCGUUCAUUUUGAAAUGCUGAAACCUGGACAAAAUGUGAAUUCAGACCUUUACUGUGAACAAUUGGAUCGAGUAAAUCAAUCUUUAAUUGAAAAGUGUCCAGCGAUUGUCAACAGAAAAUGCGUUAUUCUGCAACACGAUCAUGCAAGACCGCACUGCGCAAGACGAACCCUGGAAAAAAUUAAUGAAUUGGGGUGGGAGGUACUGCCUCACCCACCAUACUCGCCCGAUAUUGCACCAUCGGAUUUCCAUUUAUUCCGAUCGCUACAACACUUUCUAUGUGACAAAAAAUUUGAAAAUUUAGAUGAUAUCCAAAAUGCCCUCUUCAGAUAUUUUGCUCAAAAACCAAUUGAUUUUUAUCAAUCUGGCAUUGAAAAUUUGCAUACUAGAUGGCAAAAGGUUGUUGAUAA